AUGACCGUCGAACAGAAGCCCUUCCGGAAGACGCUGGUGACUGUUAAGGCCUCUUUGGGAGGCUGUUUGUGCUCACUCAGAUAUCAGCCCGCCAAGAGAAAUUCUACAUGCCGGAAGAUCCUGAGCCGAACUGAACGCUCAGCUGUGCCAGAUCUCAUCACAAACUCAUCUUUUUAUGGUGAAAGCUACGUGGGGCUCAACAUCACAGAAGUCUCCCCUGAGCUAUCGCUUCGAUUAAGAUUUCAAACUAGCAAGCCACAAAGUUUACUUUUUCUUGCAGCUGGGAAAAUCGACUAUUGCCUAAUAGAACUUCUGUCAGGAAUAAUACAGGUGAAAAUAAAUGUGGGCACCAGUGAACCAAUCCUCCUUUCUGAGCAAAGGCUCCACCUGGACAAUUUGGUUUGGCAUUCGGUGGAGCUGUACUAUGGCAAGGAGAACGUGUCCUUGGUCAUCGACAAGCAUUAUGAGACAGCUGGCCAGCUGGCUGCUGGGAUGCAGAACUUCACCUUUCACCAUGGGAUCUAUGUAGGAGGUCGCGGGGAACUCAGUGCUCCUUACCUGGACACAAAGACCCCCAACUUCCGCGGCUGCAUGGAGGGUGUGGUGUUUAACCAGAGGGAGAUCCUGACAUCCCUCAGGUCUUACCCUGGUUUUAAGAAGGUUUAUGAGGUAUCCCUGGGGUGUAACGAUGAGUUUUUUGCUGGGAAGAAUGAGGCUAUUAGCUUUUUCAGCUCUAGGUCCUAUGUCACCUUUCCAGAAUGGAAGGUCCGUGGCGAAGGGGUACUAAGGCUUGCUGUGCGAACUGGAACCUCACAAGCCUUGCUUUUAUUUCAGUCAGGCAGAGGGGGAAAUUAUGUUGCCUUGGAAAUCCAUGAGGGUCUGCUGAAGGCUCGUGUGGGAAGGGGCGAGACAAAAACGGAACUUUCAUCAUUCAGCUUGGUUAGCGACAACAAGUGGCACAUUCUUCAACUCAGAGUCACGGGGAGGCAUCUGGACCUCACGGUAGAUGGACGAGGGGUGCGGGCGGCGUUGCCCCUGCAGAGCCAAGUGUUUGUAUCUGAAGGCCCCCUGUUCGUGGGAGGCCUGGAUAACCGGAUGUGGGAGACAGUGAGGGGGUUAGAACUUGUGCCUGGGAAAUCUGCUCGAGGCCUCUCUCUGAAAGGUUGCCUGAGAGCCUUGGAAGCCAACCUGGAAAAGAGAGCAUUAAGGGAUGCACUUGUUUCCAAAGACGUUUCUGCUGGGUGUGCCGGUGAGGCUGUCCAUGGUACAGAGCCUUCUGUGGCUGUGGAAGACCUGCUCCAGCCAGGGCCAGCCACUUCCACUGCGGCUACGAGAUCCACUUCUCUGAAAAGUCAAACUGUUAGUUUCUUGGUUUUGAAUAAGUUAGAAGUCCAGGAAGGUGGACGAGCCUUACUGGGGCAAAGGCACAUCAAAGUGAACGUGGACUCAAUGGGUCUGGGCAUUGAUGAUUCCCAGACACUCUUUAAAAUACAGCAAAUGCCAGCUCACGGGUUCCUUCAAAUAGAUGUUUGGCCCGCACAAGAAAUGGAGAGGACUUUCACUAUAUCAGAUUUGAGGCAUGGGAACGUGUGGUAUGUCCAUGAUGGUGCAGAAGAGCCUACGGAUUCUUUCACAUUUUGGGUUUUUUCUAGUAGCAACAAGUCAGUGCCAUCCCAGCUGCAGGAUCCUGUUCCACACAUUUUUAACAUUAUUGUCCUUCCGGUGAAUGACCCCCCUUCCCUGAAGCUCCCAGAAGGGCCCUUGCUUCUCUUUGAGAACACCAAGCAACGCCUGACCCCCGGCGUGAUACAGGUGUCAGAUCCUGACACAGAUUCUCAGCAUCUCAGGUUUUCGGUUCUCAGCACCUUCAACGCAGAUGCUGGCUUUUUAGAACAUGCCAAGGACCCUGGGCGACCCAUCAGUGGUUUUACGCAAGCGGAUUUACAAGAGGGCAACAUUUUCUAUGCACACAGGGGUCAUCGAAACUCUCGGAUUGUUCUGAGAGCAACGGAUGGUGAGCUGGUUAGCAAUACUGUGGUGUUACGGAUCAAGGCUGUUCCUUGGGACUUUGAAGUGGCCGAUGGGACCGGCGUGGUGGUACCGCAAGGCGGCGCCGUUCUCAUCACUCGGAACAACUUGUCAGUGAAGGUGAAUGGCGGACCGCAUGAGAUGGACGCUCGCUACGACAUCACUCAUCCACCUCAGUUUGGCCAAAUUCAGCACCGGGGAUCCAACGGAGAAUGGAAACAAGUCAGUACCUUUUCUCAACGUUCCGUUGACCGGAGUCGAAUCCGAUACUACAGUUCAUUCAAGGAACCGCAGCAUGAAAACGCUACAGAUGGCUUUAAGUUUCAAGUCCGCCUAGAAGGAAGGGUAAGCAAAGAGCUCCUGUUUCCUGUGACUGUGCAGUGGCUGAAACCGACACUUCUGAAAAAUGUCCCUCUAGAGAUUAGCAGCGCAAACAAGGAAGUACUGGAUUCUGGUCAUUUGCAGGCUGCAACGGGGAGUCUGGAAGUAGCUGAGAGGGAAAUAUAUUUCAAGUUACUGAUUCCACCUGAGAAAGGAAAAUUGCUGCUUGGCAAUUGGGCUCUUAAAACGAGUUCUGUUUUCAGCCAAAAAAACAUUACAGACUCUAAGGUAAGCUAUGAGCCCCAGGGGUGGCCCAUGAAAGACUCACAGGAUACUUUUCGCUUUUCAAUUAUUGUAAAAAACAUAGAAUCAAAAGAUUAUCCCUUCAGGAUAAAUUUUAAAACAGAUAAGACACGUAUCAUUUUAACGAACACUGGAUUGUUUGUCAGAGAAGGAGAACAGACAGGAAUUACACAGUCAGAAUUAUUUGUUCAAACACUGGACAAUCAUGUCUUCCAGUAUAACGUCACCAAGAGUCCUCGCCAUGGGGAACUGAAAUUGCUCAGCUCCUCCCCUCCUCUGGGAAGUGACAAUAGCAUCACUGGAUUCACAGACGAAGACAUAGUGGGUGGAAGGCUGGUAUAUGUUCACGAUGACUCUGAGACACAGUCUGAUGAAUUCUUUGUUUUGGCCUCUGCCACAGGUCUGGGCCAGCAGGGAGGGGUCAGGAGCCUUGCCUCUGAGCACCUGUUUACAGAAAUCAAAGUCAGCAUUUCUGUUGAGUUGAAGAAUGAUGAGAAGCCAGUGCGUGUGGUAGAUAAGGUCUUCCACGUGGUGCGGGACAGUCAGCGCUUACUGACGCUAGCAGACCUCUGCUACCACGACCCUGACGUUGAUUUUGACGACGGCCAGUUGCUCUACACUCGGCGUGGCAUACCAAAUGGAGAUUUGGUGAAGGCCAGUGAGCCAUCUCAGAAGCUCUACCAGUUCAGACAGAAGGACCUGGAGGAAGGGCGCGUGCUCUUCCAGCAUCGCGGCCCAGACUCUGCUCGGUUCCUGCUGUUUGUGACAGACGGUGACCAUUACACGUCAUCCCUUUUCGAGGUCAGCGUGUCAGAGGCCUAUGUCCACAUAGUCAACAACACAGGUCUGCUCGUACCCAGAGGGAGGGACAGCUGCCUCACGACAACCAACCUGAGCGUCACCACAAACCAAGAUGUCAGAACAGACCAUGAGUUUGAAUUCCACAUCUUGCAAGCCCCCAAACAUGGCAGACUCCUGGUCAACAAUUCGGCGUUUCACUCGUUUUCCCAGCAUGACCUGAAGCAGGGACACGUGAUUUAUAGGCACAACGGCGAGGGCCACUUUGAUAUGUUUAACCUGACGGUGAAAGUUAAAGACACCUACUUGGAUGUGAGCAUCAGUGUUCAAGUGUCCUUGGACGGUCACCAGCAUCACACACAGACUCUGUACAGCAGGAGCCUUAGAGUUGAAGAAGGAAAACAAGUAAAACUGAGUAGAGGAAGGCUCCAGGCUGGGAAUGAAGAAGGUGUCCCUUCAGAGGCAGUGCUCGUAGUCAGAACCCCACCGAGGCACGGACACCUCCAAAAAUCCACAGCAGAAGACGUCGGCGUGGGAGCAGAUGGGAAGUCCCCGCUGAGCUUCACCCAGCAGGACAUUGACGAUGGCAAUGUCCUCUAUAUACAGACAGCUCCCGGCCAACAAAAGGAUCAGUUCACCCUGGAAGUGAUCAAGGACUCCCAGGUGGUCGGGAGAGUGGAGAUGCUCUUGGAUAUCAUCCCGAGGUGGAUACCUCUGGAGGUGCAGAAUCUCACAGUUCAAGAAGGGGGCUCCAGAGCUCUUCUGCAGGAUCACCUCCGGAUCCCGAGCAAGUAUUUUGAGAGUCUCGCCUGCGAAUUUGUUCUCCUCGAGCCACCAAAGCAUGGUUACGUUGAAAGCUCCAAGUUUCCAAGAGUGAAGCUAAUGAAAUUUUCCAGGAAACAGGUGGAGCAGAAGUUGAUUUACUACGUUCAUAAUGGCAAUGAGGAGUUUCUGGACAGUCUCACCGUCUUGGCAAACAGCUCCGAGCUUGGGAAACAGAGUCUGCCUCAGACUCUUUUUGUGACUAUUGAGUCUGUAAAUGACGAGGCUCCGGUAAUAACAGCCAAUAAAAUCCUCCAGGUGUGGGUGAAUUCUGUCACUGAGGUGACCAGAGAUGACCUGUGUGCAGAAGAUGGGGACUCCUACCCAGAGGACUUGGUCUACCGGGUCACUCCUCCCAGCAACGGGCAUCUGGCUCUCAAGUCCAUUCCUGGCAGAAGCAUCCAGAACUUCACUCAGGCUCAGAUUGAUGGCGGUCAGCUCGUGUUUGUGCACUCUGGAGCCAUGUCAGGAGGCUUUAAUUUUCAGGUUACAGAUGGUUUGAAUUUUGCACCUCGACAAAUCUUUAGCAUCACCGCCCGAGCUCUGAUCAUUAGCUUAGAAGUCAACAGAGGACUGAGUGUCUUUCCAGGUUCCACAAAGCCGCUUUCGUCUCAUGACCUGAGAGCUGUGACCAAUGACAAGGCAGGAAACAGAACUGUAACGUUCACAGUUGUCAGUUCCCCUAGACUUGGGAGGCUGCUGAAGAUGAACUCUGACAACCACACGGAGGAUGUUUCCGUCUUUACCCAGUCUCUGGUCAGUGAAGGGCUGAUACUGUACCAGCACAUGGAUCUUGAGAACACAGGGUGGGCCUCAGAAGACUCCUUCACAUUCACGGCUUUCUCCCCUCCUGCAGCCCUGGGCCCUGAGGACUUCCGGAUUACCAUUUCAUAUGAAACAAAUGAGUCAGGCCGACAAAGCCAGCUGCUUGCCAAUACAGGAGCCUUUGUCAAAGAGGGAGAUAAAGUUCUCAUUGACCAAUCUAAGCUAGAUGCUUCCAACCUCUUGCUUCAACUGCCCCAGCCUCAGCGUUCUGCCCAUGAAAUCUGGUUCCAGGUCACAGUGCUUCCUCGCCAUGGAACCAUUAUGGUGGGAGAAAGAAACCUUACCACAGGAAAACCCUACUUCUCCCAGCAUGUAGUUAAUGCAUUUGGAGUCACUUAUCUUCACGAUGACUCUGAAUCACUAGUGGACAGUUUUACCUUUGCUGUUUGGCCAAACCCAAAGAGCAAGUCCACCAGUAAGCCGGAGGCCAACUUUCUGGAAGAGAUGUUCAACAUCACCAUCACCCCUGUGAAUGAUCAGCCUCCAGAAUUAAAGACCAGAGGGCUUCGGCUGACAGUUCUGCAGGGCAGUAGGUUGGUGGUGGGACCUGAAAUUCUCAACGUAGAAGAUCCAGACAGUCCUUCACACGAAAUCCAAUAUGUGGUCAUCCGUCCACCCAACAAUGGCUUCUUAGCAAUGGCUCAUGAUCCACGCACCGCCGCUCACCACUUCACACAAGCCGACAUCAACAACGCUCAGGUGUGGUUCACACAGGACGGCAGCCCAUCCUCUGGAGCGUUUUAUUUUAGUGUGACUGAUGGUGAUCACCGCCCUCUCUAUAAGCUUUUCCAUCUGGAUGUCAUCCCCAUCUCCAUCACUCUUGCGAACCUCACAGACCUGCUUCUCCCACAGGGCCAGACAACUGUCCCCAUCACCAGUGCCCAGCUUUCAGCAGUGACCAAUAGUAGGAGCCGUCAGAUCACCUACAGGAUGACACAACCCCUCCAAAAUGGCCACUUGCUGCUGGAAAACCAGCUGGUCACGAGCUUUGGACAGGAGGAUUUGGACUCUGGAAGACUUUUUUACCACAUGACCAAUCUCACUGCCUCAGAAGAUCAGCUGCGGCUCUCAUUGUUUACAACGGAGAGCAACUUGACAGAGCAGACGCUGAGCAUCAGAGUGCAGCCUUUAGUGAGGGUUACACCGAACCUGCAAAUCGCCAACGGGGUGGCUCACCGGCUUCGGAAAGAGGAUCUGGAUGCAACCGAACUUGCUAACAGGACUAGCAGUGACCCCACGUUUGAAGUGAUACAGCCACCCACCCACGGGCGACUUGUUCGCAGUGCGCUUGACAGCCCUGUGGUGGAAGAGGUCACGCGGUUCACCCAGACAGACAUCAACCAGGGGCAGCUGGUGCUUGAGCCGCAUGCUAAUCUAACGGGCACCUUUACCCAGAAUGACUCCUUUACCUUCUCGCUCAGGGCAGACCGUGUGCAGCCAGCAACAGGUUAUCUGGCCUUCACCAUAGUGCCACCAGACCCCUUACCUUUACAAACAUUUACGCCAGGCGUGCCUUUGUUUGUCACUGGAGAGAACCCUGUGGCCUCCGUUUGCCCUCAGAAACAACUUACAGCUUCUGUUUUAACACAGACAGAGGCUCCAGGGAAUCUGACCCAGAGCAAAGGGCAGGGGACAGAUUCCUGGGGACAGGUCGGUGGCAAAGAGCCAACUGUAGGUGGCAAGGUCUCCCCCACUAAGGUCAUUUGGCCAUAUGCCGCCACCGAAGUCCUUUCUGGGGGGGGCACGCAGCCUGGAGAGAGCAGUUUCCUGCUGAUGGUCGCCCUCCCCUUGGCUGCUGUGUUCUUCCUCCUGACAGUGACUGCGGUGGCCCUGUGUGUUUGGCUGCUGAGCCGAAAGGAGAACAAACCUAAACCUCUUCUCCAGCCGAAGACCAGCCUCGAAUCCCCAUUGCCAAGCUGUAGAGCAGAGAGGAUUGGAGCCAUCCCCACCGUCAGGGUGACACCCCUUAUGAGAAACUCCAGAUGCCCUGCUACCAGUCUGUUUAGGCCUCAAGCCUACGAUCAGGCUCCCUCUCUGGGGGUAGAGCCUAUAGAGAAAUGCGCUGCCUGGGAGGCUUGGGUGAACCUGGAUCCUGACAUGGCCGAGCUCUGUCGGCAAACCAACCCAGCACUGAAACACAACCAGUACUGGGUAUAAACGGGGAACCCCACCUCCCACCCCACCUCACCCUCGUCCUCCCUCCCUCCUUCUCUUCUCCUUCACCUCUCUCCUCUCCCCCGUUUCUCUCCCUCUCUUCCCUCUACUUCUCCCACCUUCCCCCCAUCUCUGUCUUUCCUUGCUCUUAUUGACCACUUACUGUGUAUAGGUACUGAGCACGGCACUGGGCUAUUCUGAUGGAGUCAUGCAGAUUGGAUCCAAGUCUGCCCCUUGUAAUGCACCUGGCUCAGUCAGCGGUGCUGUGGGUGAGCUGAGCACUGUAACUCAUGGUCCCAGAUUGUGUCCCCUUUUCUGGAUCUGGCUUUCUCCACACAUGCGCUUCUGUUAAAAUUAAACUGCAAACCAGGCGCUGCAGCUAUAAUCCCAGCUCUGGGAAGCAGAGGCAGGCAGACCUCUGUGAGUUCAAGGCCAGCCCGCUCUACAAAGGGAGUCCAGGAAAGCCAGGGAAACCCUGUCUCUGAAAAUCAAAAACCAAACCAAAACAAAAAAAAGAAUUAACUGCACUAAGGUACUACUUAGCACCGGGGCCAGAUUGGAAGCAGUGCAUUGACUUGGGGCUUGGAGUUAAAGGAGGAAGGUUUGGGUGCUUCUCAUGGAAGAUUUACUCUCAGUGAGUCAGCAGGAAGUGCCAAUUCUGUCUCUGCAAAUGUCACUUACCAGUGAGUUUGUUUAUAUGAUACUUAUAGAUCAUCCUUCUCUUCUGGGAACUCUUCUUUGGUUGGUUGCCUUGUUCUGAUAGCGGGGCAAACUGACCUCCUUUGAGAAUAUUCAUUAAAUACAUUGUAUU